GUCCGAGGCCGACAAGUUCAGUCAGAUGGUCAUAUCUGAAGCCAAAAGGCUGGAAGGGCUGGAAGGCUCUUUACGAGAAUCAUAUGCUGGCUUGAGGAAAGCUAAGAAAAGCAUGGGAGGUAUUUUCAAUGCGAGGGAUAAGUACAAGCAAGCUGUGAUACGAGUUGCGAUUACCGAAAACCGGCUGCAAAAGGCUGUUAUCGACCUCAACGUGGUGAAAAAGCAAAACAAGCUUCUCCAGGCAAAGAUGCAGGAGCUCAGUGAGGAGAAAGAGUUUUAUGAAAACGUGCGUAAGAACAUGGAGGCAGAAGUUGCAGUUAUGGAGGUUGCGAUCGAGGAAUGCAUAAAGCAAAGCAAUCUCUUUUACGAGGAGAGAAACGACUUUGAGGAGCGGAUCACAGAUAUCCACGAGAUCGAGGCGGACAUGCGAGCCUACGAUUUGUGGAGAGAAACUGAAGGAUGGGCUAUAAUGGAUCCAGAGCCUUUGUCGAAAGUGGUCAACCCAGCGGAUCAAUUUGUGACUGGCCAGAGGGGUAAACCACCAAAGGAAUGCAGCGAAGAACAGAGGAUUUGGAUCGAGCUUAAGGCCCUGGCAAACAUCAUGGAUGUACUCGGUAUCGACGAUCCCAACGAAGUUGUCAACUCUGUUAAACAAGCUCAGCGGCAGAAUAGUGAGUUUUAUGAUCUAGUGAACCAGCUCCUCCAGGUGGUGAAUGAGGUCGAUGGCAAGCUAGAACAAACCCAGGUGAAGAUCAACGUGAACCAGACGUCACGCACGGCAUUGAUAAACCGCAAAGUCGACAUGGAAUCAACACUGGAGGGGAUUCUCGACCUGUUGAAGGACCUUAAUCUCGACGACGAGGAGCUUCUUCCGAUUAUAAGGGAGAUGAGGAAGCAGCUUGGAGCUGUGUUCAAAGAAGCUGGAUGCAAUGUGGAGGACGAAGAAAUGGAUUACUCGCAAGACUCGGUGGCGACGGUCACGUACAAAUCGGGUAGAGCACAGCCGCUGGAAGUUGCGAUCGUCGAGUUCUUCGUCACCAUCGAGCAUUUCAUCGAUCAGUUGUCAGGAACUCUGCGUUAAAAUUAAUGCUCUCGCCAAAGACUUUCUUAACUUGCAGUGUUGGACCAACAAAGAUUUCAUUACCGUGA